GAUGUGGAUAUUCAGAACGUUAGUUUGGUUCCAAGGAAUUUUAUUUUCUGAAGAAUUUCGAAAAUCAACCCCUAUGAAUUCAGAAGAAAUUUUUGAAAGGAACAAGGUGGAUCCAGAAUGUUUUAUGAAUGUUAGUGAAAUUGUUAGGUAUCAUGGAUACCCUGCUGAGGAGCAUGAAGUUGUGACUGAAGAUGGUUAUAUCCUUAGUAUUAACAGAAUUCCUGGUGGAAAGAACAGUGGGAACAAAGGAAAAAGGCCGGUGGUGUUUUUGCAGCACCCUCUCCUAGGAGAUGCAACCCACUGGAUUUCUAACCUGCCUAAUAACAGCUUGGGCUUCAUCCUAGCAGAUGCUGGCUAUGAUGUUUGGUUAGGAAACAGUAGAGGGAACACCUGGUCUUCAAAGCACAAGACUCUUAAACCCAGCCAGAAAGAGUUCUGGAGGUUCAGUUUUGAUGAGAUGGGUAAAUAUGAUCUUCCAGCAGCAGUAUACUUUAUCCUGGAAAAAACUGGACAGAAGCAGCUCUAUUAUGUUGGCUAUUCAGAAGGGACAGCUAUAGGUUUUACAGCAUUUUCAACUAAUCCAGAGUUGGCUCAAAAAAUCAAAGUCUUUUUUGCAUUGGGUCCAGUAGCCACAAUUACCUAUGCGACCGGCCCCCUGAUAAAGGUUGGAACUUUUCCUGAAUCCUUGAUCAAGAGUCGCAUGGGCAUGUAUGUAGCACAUUCACCUGCUGGAACAUCUGUGCAAAACCUACUACAUUGGCGUCAGGUAUACUUUGCAAAACAAUUCCAAGCUUAUGACUAUGCAUCUAACGUAAAGAAUAUGGAGAAAUACAAUCAGACAACUCCUCCUGCAUAUGAAAUAGAAAAAUUGAAAAUGCCAACUGCCAUUUGGAGUGGAGGACAUGACUUGUUGGCAAAUCCAAAGGAUAUGGACAUGUUAAUCCCUCGAUUUACUAAUCUAGUUUUUUAUGAGUGUUUCCCUGAGUGGGAACAUCUAGAUUUCAUUUGGGGACUUGAUGCAGCCAAGCGUAUGUACACAAAAAUCAUUGACCUGAUGAAGAAGUAUGCCUAAAGCCACAUGACAAGACUUGAAGGAAAAGAUUUGAUCUACUGGGUACUGUAUGUUUU